UUUAACUAGUGGUUGAGCGCCACCCUCUCCUCUUUUUCAUCUCCUCCUCCUCCUCAUCGUCGCUUCGCAGCCGCAGACUGACCACUUGUUGCCUCUUGCUGCUGUUCCAUGGCCGCCGCCGCCGCCGCCGCUGGUUGCUGCCUCUUGUUGUACGCCUCGGUCCCAUGCUCGAAACCCAAACCCCAGCGCUUCUCCUUCAUGACCCCACGCGCCUCCUCCUCGGCCUCUCCCUCUCCAGGGGAAGGGGAUGGGGAUGACGACGACGACGGCAAGAGAAAAGUCAAGGCCAAGGCUCUGCGGGAGGAUUGGCGGCAGAAAUCCAAGCCCAUCCCUCCGGGCGCCGUCUACCCUGCCAAGGACCACUGCAGCCGUUGUGGCCUCUGCGACACAUACUACGUCGCACAUGUCAAGAGCGCCUGCGCCUUCCUGGGAGACGGCAUGUCCCGUGUUGAGGACUUGGAACCAGUGGUCCAUGGGAGAGGCAGGAAGCAAGACAUGGAUGAAAUGUACUUUGGAGUGUAUGAUCAACUCUUGUAUGCCAGGAAGAUAGAAUCUGUUCAAGGAGCACAAUGGACGGGAAUAGUGACAACAAUCGCAGUUGAGAUGCUGAAAGCAAAUAUGGUCGACGCUGUGGUUUGUGUACAAAGCGAUCCUGACGACAGGCUUGCUCCAAGGCCUGUUUUGGCCAGGACACCAGAGGAAGUGAUUGCAGCCAAAGGUGUGAAGCCAACGUUAUCACCUAAUCUCAAUACGCUUGCCUUAGUUGAGGCAGCUGGUGUAAAGCGUCUUCUUUUCUGUGGGGUGGGUUGUCAAGUGCAAGCUUUAAGGUCUGUAGAAAAAUACCUUGGUUUGGAAAAGCUAUAUGUGCUCGGCACAAACUGUGUUGACAAUGGUACGCGUGAAGGACUUGAUAAGUUCUUGAAGGCCGCAAGCACUGAACCAGAAACUGUUCUACAUUACGAAUUUAUACAAGACUACAAGGUUCACUUGAAGCAUUUAGAUGGGCAUGUUGAAGAGGUUCCCUAUUUUUGCCUGCCAGCAAACGAUCUGGUUGAUGUUAUUGCACCAUCAUGCUACAGCUGCUUUGACUACACAAAUGCCUUGGCGGAUUUAGUGGUGGGGUAUAUGGGUGUACCAAAAUAUCCUGGGGUUUCCAUGACACAGCAUCCUCAGUAUAUAACGGUCAGGAAUGAUCGCGGAAGGGAGAUGCUGAGCCUGAUAGAGGGCCUUGUGGAGAGCACGCCUACAGUUAGCAGUGGCGCCAGGCAACCAUUUGUUAUGGAGACGGUGAAAGCUGACGAUGCAGCAAAAAUGGGGAAAGGUCCUUCGAAUCCAGCUCCCAGACUUGUGGGCAACAUUCUUGCCUUCCUGCUGAACCUGGUUGGACCCAAAGGGCUGGAGUUUGCGCGCUACUCUCUGGAUUAUCACACGAUAAGAAACUACCUCCAUGUCAGGCGGGCAUGGGGAAAACAGAGAGCGGAGCAGCACAUGCCGGGGUAUGCCAAGAAGAUUGUGGCGGCGUACGACGGGGACGGACGGAUCGAGUCGAUGCUCCAGUGAGUCGAUGCUCAUGUAUACUAUAGGAUGUACCGCAGAUUUCUGUACGUUGCAAGAGCAGAUCAUUCCAGCUUAAUUAGCUAGUCCUCCAGCAGUGCAGGCGUAUAUACAGUAGUAUAUUGUACGUAAGUUGUAACAGUCGGUCAUUCUGUUAAGGGGUGUUUGGAAACGUGAGUACAAUCUACAUCUUGUCAGAAAAAUUCACAAGUAGCGUACUCGACCCGAGAAUUAUAUGAAUAUGGUUAAGACACAGAGUAUAUAUAUUCUAAUACUAACCGCGCCUGUUAAACCUU